ACAAAACAGGUUGCCCACUACACGGCGAGGCUGGGCGCGCACUCAUGUUCAUGUCGCCGCAUGGCGGGCACAGGAGUCUGGUAGCACGGCAGCGAUGUCCUCCCGGCUGGCUAACUAACAGCUUCACCGGUGGACGAUGGAGGCAAGGCUUCUCGUGACGGCCAUCGCGGUCUCUGUCCUUUUGGAAGUGUGCAGAGCGGAGUUCUGUUAUAGUUAUACCCGAGUAGUGGAUGGAAGCAGAGUCCGAGUUCCUGGGUUUUCCUGUCCACAGACCAUAGAACGGCCAGAGGAUAACCAGGACGUGUACUGCUGUGGCUCGUCCUCCAACAAGUACUGUUGCAACGACUGUAGAAAAUCGCAGAACGGACAGGCAUGUCUGGGGAGCGUUCUAUACUCCAGUACUGUAAGUGUCGGUGCAAUAAUAGGCAUCACCAUGGGCUCCACGUUUAUCGGCCUGGGCUGCAUAUAUUUCGGUUGUUGCAUGUUCUACACCCUGUUUCCACGUAAAACUGCUGUCGGCAGCAGACUUGGGAGCUUCCAACAAAACUCGGUGACAAACUCACGGAAACCGUCAUGUGAAGACAGGACCAAAUUUGAAGCUCCGCAGAGUUGGAUAAAACUGUUGACCGUCAACAACGGACAUUUAUCAAACGGACAACACAACACCAAUAAACCUGCCAAGGUCAACGGUUGCCCCGGAAAUGAACCACUACUUAGUACUCGAACCGAGGCGGACGAAGGUCCCGGAUGUGCGAAGAGCAAAGUGACGAUCGUCAUAGACAGUCCCUCGCCCACGCCCUCCACUUCGAAGGAAACAGUCAUAGACUUUCCCGCGACGAACUCGGUGGGCUCAGAAUCAAGAAAGGCCUCCAUCGAAUCAGCCGUAUAGACAGUUAGUACAGACUGAGGCGCUGGUACAUGGUGAUAUUAUGAUGACCCAAAGAACGUUGGGCUGAGAGAAUGGCAGCUUCUGACAGGAUUGCGCAGAGUUUCAAAAUGCAGAACUUCAAAUACAGACCAUCACGGCGCAUCUCGUACUUCAGAACAAGGAGGUUGAAAGACCUUCCCUUUUUCAACCUUAUUGAACAGAACAAUCAUAUCAACGUUAUCAUGAACACCUUUCGCAUCUCACGGUAGUUUCCGGCCGGGCGCAUAAUGCAAUACUCAUUUCGGUUCAAACAUUGUCGGAUCAAUUCUAUUCGAUCAGUUCUUACAUUUCCAAAGCGCAGCACAAUAAUUUAUAAGUUGUUGUAACUAGUUUAUACCUGAUGAUGGAUGGGAUUGUCUCUGACGACACACCGGUUGGUCAAUCAAAAGAGCGACAUCUAUCUGCAAUGACAGUAAUUACACGCCAUGGCCUCUAAAUAUUGAUGCAAAUUGACCCAUGUGUUCCGAUAGCUACUAUCUAUACAGCCGUACGCUAAAGGAACAGAUUGCAUAUUGUCUGCCAUCCCAGAAAUUUGCUCACGAAAUCAACUUAAUAAUGCAUUUUGGGGCAUUACAAUGCAUAACCGUGUAUCAAAGGCCCAUGAGCACCACCUGGCGACAUCUGUUAACAGUGUAUGCCAGAACGACAGAAAGUGAUGUGUAGGAAUGUCCUCUUUGUGGUUUCAAACCUUAAGAGAGGUUAAACUUUCUGAAAUUUAUAGAAGACGUGUAACGAUCACCUGUCAUAUCAAAUGAAAAGUUGUCUAAUCUUUUAAAUAAUACCAUAUACAUAUAGCAUAUUUAGCGGCAGCGGCAUCAGUAACUAAUUAAUCGGCAUUAACGAAUGUAUGACGUAUCCAUGUCCCUGUAUGAGACCAUUUCCUGGGGUCUCUUCACUACGUGCAUAUCGUUAUCACCUUACAACUAACGUUACAUCUGUCACUUUUAUAAAGGUAAGCUGUAACAGGGAGUAUCAGAUAAGAUUUCGUGUACAAAUUUUGUUGCAUAUCACAGUUGUCAUGCAGACGUUUAUACCAAUGUUGUGACAGUUUAUACGGCAAUGUUCAUCUUUGUAAAAAGACGUGGAUCUGUGUAAGUUGAUGUAUGUUAUAUAGACGUCGUUUAUUUGAACAUGACACCGAUGGAACUCUAUGAGGUACAAUUAUCAUGUCCGUUUGUGAUGAUGAUUAUGAUGAUGAUGAGCACAACACAGACUAAUAAAAACUGUACAGAAACUUG